AAUACUGGUUUUUGCCUUAGUUAAUUUCAUUCAGUUCUAUAAGUAUCGUGUUAUUAGAUUUGUGUAACAAUGGCAAGUGAAGUAGUUUUACUGGAUUUGUUGCAUAGUCCUUUUGCAACGAGAGUGAGGAUAGCUUUGGCAGAGAAAGAAGUUGAGUUUGAAUCAAGAGAAGAAGAUUUGAGCAACAAGAGUCCUUUGCUUCUUAAAAUGAAUCCUGUGAACAAGCAAAUCCCAGUUUUGAUUCAUAAGGGUAAACCCAUUUGUGAAUCUCUCGUCAUAGUUGAGUACAUAGACGAGGUUUGGAAUCAUAAAUCUCCAUUGCUGCCUUCUCAUCCUUGCCUCCGAGCUCAUGCUAGAUUUUGGGGUGAUUACAUCGACAAGAAGAUCUAUCCUGCUGGAAGGAUGUUGGGGACAUCAUCAGAUCAUGAAGUGAAGGAAGCAUCAAAAAAGGAACUCAUAGAGAUAUUCAAAGUGCUGGAAGGAGAGCUUGGAGACAAGCCUUAUUAUUGUUGGAGUUGGGCCUAA